AUGGGCGCGGAGCGCAGGGCGGCGGCGGCGGCGGCUCCCCGCGGCUGCGCCUGCGGUGGCGGAGGUGGCGGCAGCUGGCGGCUCUUCCUCGGUUUCUUCGCGCUGUCGCUGGCGCUGCACGUCCUGACGCUGGGCUGUUACCUGGAGCUGCGCUCCGAGCUCCGCCGCGACCGCGGCCCGCAGCCCGCGGCCCCGCCGCGCCGGGACGGGACGGCGGCAGCGCCCGGAGCCCCGGCCGGGGGCCGCCCGCAGCGCGCGGCCGAGGGCGCGGAGCGGCGCCAGCAGCUGGCCUUGCUGAACUUCUUCCACCCCGAGGAGAAGCUGCACGUUGGAGAAGAAGGGAGACGCGUCCGUCGGAAUAAAAGGAGUAAAGGCAGCGAAGGGCCUGACGGUCCAAGUUCAGUGAAAAACAAGAAAAAGGGUAAAAAGGCUGGUCCUCCAGGGCCCAAUGGUCCCCAAGGGCCACCAGGGCCUCCCGGGCCACAGGGUCCCCCCGGCAUUCCCGGCAUCCCCGGGAUUCCAGGCACAACCGUCAUGGGACCGCCCGGCCCCCCUGGCCCGCCAGGCCCUCAGGGACCACCUGGAGUGCAGGGCCCCUCAGGUGCCACAGACAAGGCCAGCUCCAGAGACAUCCAGCCAGCUGUGGUCCAUCUCCAAGGCCAAGGCUCAGCAAUCCAAGUGAAGAAUGAUCUUUCAGGUGGAGUCCUCAAUGACUGGUCUCGCAUCACUCUGAACCCCAAGGUGUUUAAGCUGCAUGCCCGCAGUGGGGAGCUGGAGGUACUGGUGGACGGCACAUACUUCAUCUAUAGUCAGGUAGAAGUCUACUACAUCAACUUCACCGAUUUUGCCAGCUACGAGGUGGUGGUGGACGAGAAGCCCUUUCUGCAAUGCACUCGGAGCUGCGUGGCUCACUCUGCCUUCAUCGUGAUCCAAGAAAAGCCUCUCUGUGUUUGCCGGGCCUGA